UUCGUCGCGCCAUGUGAUAUACGCCCCGCCCACUGUACCUCUGACUCCGCCCUCGGGGUUAUGGAUACUAUCGGAUAAUACCUCCAAGACGGUAUUGUUUUUAUACAUACUUACCGGCAAACCGUUUUACUAUUAGUAUCUAUGUUAUCGUGGUCAACUGAAAUCGUAUAGACUUUUUAUUUCUGUAAGAAUUUUUUUUUAAGAAACUAAAAUUAAAAUAAAAAGGAUGCGAUAAGCUUUUGAUUCAAAUAACAAGACAAAACAAAAAGAAAACAAACUUUCUAGGAUGUUACUGUUAAUUCAAGUGGCACGAAAUUGUUGUUAGGAAAUAUCGGACACAUAUGAUAUAAGAUGUAAGACUGGUGUUUUGGGGUCGAUCCAAAAAUAAUGCUCCAAAUACCCUCAUACUGCGUCUUUUCAUUAAGGUAACAAGUUUUUCUUUUCGUCCGCUAUUUGCCAUACUUUAUCUCAUUUCGGAGAGUUAGUCGGGGUUUUUUCUGUCAGCGAACCAAACAACGAAACGAUGGAUCUGCCCGCGAGGACUUUACUGCACGUGUGCGUCCUGUGUGUGGUUAUUACGAAUUCCACGUGUGUGCGCCAUCACCAUUCCAGGGGAUAUUCCGUUGACAGAAAGACGAAAUACGGCCGAGUGCGGGGAUUUGUGGAGCGAGUAUACAACAAAGAAGAGGUUGAGAAAUAUCUCGGAAUUCCCUACGCUCAGGCACCUGUCGGAAAUCUUCGCUUUGAGGCUCCGAGAGCGCCGACGUCAUGGGGGAGUCGGAUACUGCACGCCGGGGAGCUCCCCCCGGCCUGCCCCCAGCCUCGCAUGGGCGUGAACGCCAUCGACUACCUCGUGCCGGGAUUCAACAGGACAAACGAAGACUGCCUCUACCUCAACGUCCACGUGCCCAGGCAUGGCCACCGGAAGCCGUACCCUGUGGUUGUGUUCGUGCACGGGGGUUCCUACCAGAUCGGCAUGGGCGCCACUCUCCAUGGAGAUCUCCUAGCAACGCACGAGGUCAUCGUGGUCACCUUCAACUACAGACUGGGACCACUAGGUUUUCUUACGUCGUCCGAUUCACACAUUCCGGGCAACUUUGGAAUGCUUGACCAGAUCGAGGCUCUCAAGUGGGUGAAGGAAAACAUAGCGAACUUUGACGGAGAUCCACGAAGGGUGACGAUCGACGGACACAGUGCCGGGGCCUGCAGUGUGGGUCUUCUCAUGGUGUCACCGCUAGCCCGAGGAUUAUUUCAAAGCGUCAUCCAGCAGAGUGGGUCCCCGUUCGCCCACUGGGCUCUGACGCGGAGACCCACGGGACCCAGUAUCUAUUUUGAAGACUUCACAUCGAGGCUGGGUUGUACCGGAAACAACACUGCCCACAUCAAGCGCUGUUUGCAGAGACUUCCGUCCGAUCGACUGGAGAGGAUGAUUGGCAAGGACUUUGAUAUAGCCAGUCCAUUACAACCAUCUAUGGCCAACAGUAUGCCGCCCUCGAUCGUUCCAGCAUUUCGUCCCGUGGUUGAUGGUUACUUCCUUCCAGACACUCCCGAAAAUCUGGCAGUCAAAGGACCAAUCAAUGCUAAGCACUUCCUAACUGGGGCAACCAAAGAUGAAGGUCUCCUCUUUGCAAUUCCUUUUGUCGAUCAACACGGGAUCGGUAAACAAGGAAGUCAGAAAUUAAUAGCAGUCAUGAGUUGUUUCCGGGGAGAUUUACCGGAAGUCAGGGGAAUUGUGGAAUCAGUUCUUCAGCAGUACACGAGAUGGCCCGUUGAAAAGGGGGAAGAUCAAGUAAAACAGAAUUUUGCAGAAAUCGUGGGAGACUACUUCAUAGUGGCGCCCAUCCACAAGUCGGCCAACGUGCUGUCCCGACACAACCUGACGGUCUUCAUCUACAACUACGAAUACAAGUCAAAGUUCGAUGAAUGGCGAGGUGUGAUCCAUGGAGCCGAGCUAUCCUACCUGUCCGGCUUCCCGAUCAUUUCGCACCGGAACUUCCGCUACACCGAGGAAGAUAAAAACAUGGCCCGGAUGUUGCUGAUGUUAUGGGCUAACUUCAUCAAGAAUGGGUUGCCAUCAUUAGUACCACUGAAAGAGUUCCACAUGGCUCGAUUCACAGAGCAGAGACCUCUGUACACCAGACUCUUUUCUCACGACGACGACCCGGCUGUUGCUAUAGCAACGCACUUCAAAGCGCAGAAGAUGAAUUUUUGGAACAAGAAGGUCCCCGAGAUGUACAGAAAGCAAUUUCGAGACAGUUAUAUGUACGGAUUCGAAGAAAACGUGACCGCUAGAGGUCGCUACGUCAUAACGUACAGCUCCAACAGUUGGAUUCUGAUAGCGGCGUGCAUCGGUCUGUCCGUGUUGACGGUACUACUUUCUGUGUGUUAUUGUCAGAUGAGGAGACAAGUAAGCAUAUUAAUACGCCAGAACAGCGUGUCCAGUGGAGAGAGUAUGCUAUGACGUAGUGGCGGAUAAAACUAAAAAAUAGUCUGCUGGGUUGUGAUCGAGUUGUGAUUGGGUAGUGAUAUAUAACUAACGACUGUGAUGUGUUACCAUUAUCAUUCCUGGAGAUAUGGUGAUGUGGACUCAGUGCUGCCAACAACAGUGUUACUGGAAAUAACAAACAAGUUAACCUUUAAAGACGUAUUGUUUUCUCAUGUUUAUGGAUGUCAGAAUGCCAAAUGAUGUCAUAUUGGGAUGAUUUUGCACUCAUGUGUAUCGAUUUCUUUGUGUAUGAACAAUACCAAAACCUUGCUAGAAUGCCAAAAUGAGUCAUAUUGUGAUGAUUCAAGCACUCUUUUAUGUGGAGUUGGUGUGGUAUGACGGCUUCAAAACUGAUGUUAAAAAGGCAGUAUGGUCUUGUACUGGAGAUGUGACUGAUAUGCAUUUCUGUGGAAAUGUUGAAAUAUGGCAACAACAAACAAAUGGGCAAUCUGCAGAGAAUGAAUGGGGCCUGAGGUACACUGUCGUUACAAGGUGUCUAAAACACGAAAAGUUACAUAUAUUGAUGGGCAGUCAGUUAUGAUGAGUUAUUUUCUUGUAUUUUCUUUGAUCAGAAACACCGGUAUCCAGAUUUAAAAUUAGAAUACAGUAUCUAUACUUGAAGGAGAACAGAGGUGUGUGUUCCUCGAGUAAUGCUUGUACUGAUUGGGGGUGUUUGGGUGCAAUACAUGUGUGUUUUGGUUGAAAAUAGUCCUGCAUAUAUAUUCCCUUGUCCUGGAUAGCUCUUUUAUCCCAAUUUCCCUGGACAUUCGUUUUACAGACACCUUUGAUAAAAUUGUCUCUGGAUGAAAAUCGUGGGUUUUUUCCCUUGCCUGUAGAAUCGUAAACCGCCAGGUGGAGUAAUAAGCGAUGCAGAUUAACUCAGACUGACAUGGUUAUACCCAUAUAUUCUUGUACAUUUUAUACCUUUGCGUUUUUAUUUACCGUAAUUCUUCCAAAAUAUCGGCCGCACUUUUACUGAAGUAAAGUUUGGUUAAAUUUUUAAUCGAAAAUGUGUCGUUCACCAAGUCACUAACUUUGACGAAUAAGAACUGAAAAAGUUCUUAAUCACUGACCCUGGUUUCCGGUACUAUUUUUGGUCCGCAUAAAAUUAACAGCGGCGUAUCCAAUUUGUUCUCCAGAAAUGAGCAAACUUUUAAAAACAAAUAUUCUUCUUACUCAGUUCCUUACUGUUUAUGCUCUAUUUUAACACGAACAAAACCAAAAAAAAAUGAUGUAUUUUUGACCAACAAAAAAAUCAUAACGGUGUCAAUUACAAAAUAUAUUUCGAAUCGGAUAUACGGAUACGAAAAUAUUUAGUUUAACUCAACGCAUCAUUUCAAUCGUGGGUCGGGGGGGGGCGGUGUUUUAUUUUAUUUUAUUUUAAAAUUCAUUUCAAAUAUUGAAAACAGGUAGAAAAACAAACCAGAUAGAAGAAAUUAAACUGAAGAAAAAAUUUAGUUUGGAUGAUUUGAAUGUUUUUAAAGGAAAUAAUAUUUUAAAAGGCGGCCCGGGAGAUGCAUUAUGUUUGUACCAUUCUUUGGCGGUUUCAAGGAAAAUUUAAGGGCGAUAGUGCUUAUUAUCGUGUUCCAAAAUGUACACGAGACGCACAGAUGUCGUUUAUCUCCCUGGAUCCGCCCCUGUUGUUGUACUACACUGCGACAUUAAGAAAUGGCAUACCUAUUUUUUUUAAAUAAUACUAAAAAUGAGAUUGGGGUAUAUUGUUUUGAAAUAUAAAUUAAUAUGUGGUUUUAUGGGAGAACGGAGGUACCAAAAAUGUCAAAAGACGAAGACUGAUUACUUUAUGGGGAAAAAAAUAUAUAAUUGUGAAAAUAGCUUCGGAUUUUUGUAUGUGUUAAAGUACAAGGCCCGUAGCUAUUGUAGAUUGUUGAGAGGAGGGGGUCAGUGAUGAACAAAAAAGUACACUAUUGAUUGACCGCGGGCGCCGUAAACGCGAAAUCUUAAGCGGAAGUUGUGGCCGACUUAUUCCAGAACAUUUUGCAAAAUAUUUUGCCUUCAGGAGCCAAUCUUUUGUAUUUUCUGGUCUUUGUUUGUGCUGAAAUGUCCACAGCUAACACGAUACUGGGUCAAUAACAAACUUCUCACCAGAAGGUGUUUAAUUUGCUCUGGUCAUGUGAGACUUUAUAAGAUACCACAAACAAUAUUAUUACAGAAUAAAAAUGUGAUCCUAGCAUUCGAAUAUUACAAUAAUUUAAAAUUGUAUAUAUUAUUUCCGGUAUUUUUAGGGCGAUUUUCACCCCAAAAAAUUAUUUUAGAAUGGGUGUGUCUAAAAGGGUGACUGCGGGCGUUUUUUCCCUUCCCACCACGCUAAUUACGGCACUGCGUGAUAAAUAUUUAAAUCUCACCCGACUCUAUUACAAUUACUAUAAUGUGCCAUUUUGUUCUGUCGUACAAUACAGUAAAUAUACACUGAACAACAAAAGAAACGUGGAUAUAUAUAUAUAUAUAUAUAUAUAUAUAUAUAUAUAUAUCAUAAUACAAUUAAUUCGGUAAAAAGACUUUUAAAAUGGGAAUAAUAUGUUCCCAAGACAUCGAACAUUUCAAAAACUAAAUGGAUUCAAAGUGAAUAAUUUUAAAUAAAUUUAGUAAAAAAACCAACUAAAUUAACAUUUUGCGUUUCUUUUGUUAUUCAGUAUACAUCAUAAUUUACCUCAUCGUUUGACACGAGUGUAUAUACUUUGUUUUUUAAUUUGACACGACUGUAUAUACUUUCUAAGGUGUGCAUUCCAUAUCAGUGACUGGCUGGCUGACUGAAUAAUAUAUUUUUACAUACAGAGAUAGGUGGUGAGUGCAUGUGUAAAUAUACUACCGACGGCAUUCGUGAAUUCUCGGGUGUGCUCGGAAACACUCGCGUCAUUUCGGACGCGUUUUGGGGAGGUUUUUCUGAUUUAUUAUAUACACUGGCGUAGAAUGUUUAGAUAUAUUAAGCUGUAAAAUUAAUGUUUACAAAUAACAUGAAAAAGUCAUAUUUCACUCAAGAAAGGCGUGGAGUGUUAGAAACAGUUUUCAGAUUACUGGGUUCAGGAUUUACUUUAAUUUUUUAUUAUUACAAACACCUUAGUAGCAGGUUGAUCUACGUUUAAUCGAAAAUCAUGUCUAGCCAUUAUCCACAGCAACUGUGCAAGAAACUUAUUUAAAGGAAAUGUAGGCCUAUGUAAGAUAAUAUUUCGUGUUAUUUUCUCACAUUUUACUUUUGGGUCAACUUUUAGGUGUUUGAUAAAUUCGAAAAUCUUUUACCAAUUUUUCAGAUCAAUACGCCGGAUGAAUACGAUUAUAAAAGUUAAAAAGCCUUACGGUGUUUGGGUGGGGAUUUUUGUUUUUGUUUUUUUCAAACUGAAAGUGAAACAAUAACUUUCCAUUUAGGUUAAUUGUCGGAAGUCAGUUUCACACAUCGACUCCCAAAUACUUCGAUGAUCAUUUGACGAUUGUUUACUUUAUACGGAGCGGAUACUUAUAUAGACUUCGUUUAAAAGUAUAACAAUUGCAUUGUUAACUAGAUACACAUUUCAUUUCAACUUAUUUUCGUGCUUAUACCCAAUGAAGGUUCAAGUACGCUGUUUGUACACCUACCCAUUGAGCCCUUAACAACUCGCUCUGGGUUGGAGCCGGUACCGGGCU